GUUACUCGAUGGGUACUCAGCUGGAAUCGGAUAAUCAGAUACACUGACCCUGUAUAAUCAUUCUCGGUUUCUUGUCUCUCAUUGCUGUCAAGUGUAUUGUGGGUCCCCCAGCCUAUCAGGAUAGAUUUUCCAGAUGACUAUUCGCUUAGGCGUUGCGCUAUAUUACGUCCGGAACGACGCGACCGACCCUCAUCCAUACUUUCAUUGGGUCCUCGUGGCUACUGAAGCCACAUCUUGGCAAGCUUCGCUCUCCGCGACCUAUACCUUCGAGAUUAUUCGUACUUUCGAUGCCCCUGGUCUACCAGGACGUUGGCAAAGAAGCUUCAGAAAGUGCAACGGGGGGAACUCCAGGGCCUUUCGUGGCAUCGUGGAGUUUGCCCAAACAGAUCUUGAUAUGGACUCCGUCAGGAGGGUGAUCGAGUCUCAUUCCGCGACGGACGAAGGUUGGAGAAUUCAGGGACCAAAUGGGUGGUCUUGCGCAACUUGGGUCUUGUGUGUCAUGCUCACUUUGGAAGAGAUGGCGAUAUUUGAUCUUCCGGACAACCUCACGCCAGAGAUGUUGUACGACAGCAUUUUGGGAGAGGGCUAUAGAAUCGUUAUGGCGAACGUGCCAAGUAAUCCCAUACCUGUCGUCCAGCUUGCUGCUCGCUAGAAGUAUGUUACGCAGGGUCCUAUCUUGAUAUUAUCAAGUAGCUAUGCUGAUGGGAUAGCAUUGCUGUUUUUUCUUUAGAGUAGCGGAACGGGAGUUUUCCGCCUGAG